UCAGCCCUCGCCUCGGUGGCUUCCGGGUGGACUCGAGUGGGCCGGGCCUAGUAGGCCGCAAGGAGGAAGCAAGCCCGUUGCCAAGCAUGCUCUGACCCACCACUGAUGGAUAUGGGACAGGAAGUGUUCAGUCAAUUUGCCAUUUAUCAGCAACACUCCACUGUUGGCUCCAAGCAUAUCCAAGCAGGGGAGUAGAGAAUCAGCAAAUAUAAUUCCAAAGUGCUGCAGAUCUCUCAUGGAUAAACUGUAAAAGAGAUAACAAUGAAGGGGAGAUUUACAGGCUACCUUGUGUCUGCUUCUGAAAAUCUACUCCUUGAAUAUGGACAAACUGCUGAUCAAAAUAAUCCAAAGAAACUACAAGAUCUUGUUAUGGUUAGGCAGCAUGCUCAGUAUAUAUGUGAUCUGUGUGACAUGCAAUAUUGUGUUUCGCUUAAAAUAUGUGAUUUGUCUGGUAAUUUCCUUACAAACAUUGACGCGCUUGCAUGUUGUCAUCGUUUAAUUAAACUGGAUCUCCAUAGUAAUCAGCUAGAAGAACUUCCAGGUCCAAUGUUUUGGGAAAAAAUGACAGACUUAAGACUACUCUACCUUCAUGAUAAUGGAAUUUCAGCAUUAGAGAAUGUACACUCAUUAUCUUUCUGUCCUAAUCUGACUGCGCUUACCUUGUUCAAUACUCCACUGUGUCUGAAAAUUGCCUAUAGGCACAUUGUGGUUAACAGCAUUUUUUCACUCAAGGCACUAGACUGUUAUGUCAUUUCUGAUGAAGAAAUCAUGGAGGAUUGGAGGCUUCCAGCAAUAUAUAAGCCAUUUUCUCCUAGCUUUUUUGUUGAUUUUUCCCCUGUUUCUGGAAAGGAAAUUACAUAUCAGGAAGAAAUGAAAAUGAUAAGAGAGAUAAUUUCCAAGAUCAAUUUUGUUCUAGCUCAUCAUUCACCAGUCCUGAUUAUUCAGAAAUGGAUAAGAGGAUAUUUAAUUAGAAAAAGAUUGUGCUUGAUGCCAGUAAAUGAAGUUCUGCGACAUAAACGUUAUAUCAGAGAUGGGCUGAAGAGAAUAUAUAUUCGACAAGCACCUGCAGUACAUAGCAGUAAAAGCGCUAUGCUUCACACCAGUAAGAUAGAACAACAAGCUGCUGUUAAAAAACCUGCAUCUCCGAUCCAAAUUGUAGACCUGAAAAAUCGCAAGGAGCUUCAUUCAUAUUUGAGACGAUUGGAAUACCCCCUUGUAUCAUCCAUGCUCAGAAUGGAAGAAAAGAACAAGAUCAAACAGAAAAAAUCAAGAUUGUCCCGAAGAAAGGAGCUCUUGGAUGAGACAAAAACUGAAAUGGAAGAUGAGAUGGCAACUGCAUUUAGACUUCCAGUGCACAGAAUGCCUUUUUAUUCAUUGAGGAAGGAGAUGCAACGAUAUCAAGAUGAAGAAAAAGGAUUUUUCGAUGGUGUCUAUCAUAUGCGAUACUUCGCACGUCCUGUACCACAAACCUUGCCUAUGCUUGAACCAGGAAGCAUUGACAAGAGGGUUUUUGCCAAAGCAUUUGGAUCUGUAAGACUCCUCCCCUUGUGUGCCAUUGACAAAGCAUAUUGGCAGAGUCAUAAAUUGGACAUCCAGGUUAAAAAGGAGCGGGAAGCUUUGCGGUUGCUAAUGGCCAAAAGUGAAGCUAAAGAAUACGUUAGCCGGUUAUAUGAAGAUAAAAAAGAGAAUGUUCAGAAGAAAUAUGAAGACGACAAAACAAUGACUAAUCAUAUUUUGAAAGAACACAAACAGGAAAAGGCAAUAUUAAUUAGUAAAAUGAAACUCAAGUAUAACAGUUUUUUAGAGAACAAGGAGAGGAAGGCUGCAGACAACACAUUCAUUCAACAUUUCAGCACUCAGCAUACUUCUUUGUCAAAAGGUUUAAUAAGACUUGAUGGUGGGAGAAAACACGACCAAUUUGUGCGUGAAAAGAAGCAUUUUGUUAAAGGAAUAACAAAUGAAGAAAAAAAGCGCAAACAGAGAGAUAAAACAAUUCAAAUGGAGAAACAAAAGAUGUUACAAAGACAAAAUAUGGAUGAAAAAUAUUUUUAUAAAUGUCUAGCUCAUGCAGUGGCUAAUGAGAGAUUUGAACAAUCCAGAAGGAAAGUUAAAGAUAUGAAGAUACCCAGAGUGAAACUCCAGUACUCACUGCCUGUGAUUGGCAGUUCUGGAUUUGCAUUGCCUGUACUACAGUAUCCUGGUUUAGGAGGUAAUGAAUAAUAUGGACAGCAAACAUAAAUCCAGUUGUGACAUGUUAUUUAAAUUGUACAGACAACACUUCUAUUUUGUUAUAAAUGUAUAGCCUGUCUAUCUUUGAACUGUGUGUAUUGCUUUUAAGAUAUCCAGAAAAAUAAGAAUCUGAUGAUUAGACACAAAUACAUAAACAUGUUUAACCAUUUCCAUAUGAAGAUAACACCGCUGUAAAAUAUUGUGCUAAUUGUUAGCAAAUGUCGACCUAUAAGCAGAAAACAUUUCAAGCAUACAUGCAAUUACCUUUGUACUUAAGCUUUAAAAUUAAACGAUUCAAUGCCAUAUAAAAAUAAUUGUGAGAAAAUUCACCAGUUGCUAAUGUAGGCAAGUAGCAUGAGUGCAAUUAAACAUGUUGACUAUCCUUAUUGCUGACAGGAUUGCUGGAGCUUUGCCUCAGUAAUUCUUCAGUAGCUGUAUAUUGAACAAUGCCAUAAGCCAUUAGCUCUGGAUAGAAAGUAUUUUCAGUUACUCUCUGGCUAUGCCUAAUGCAAUAAUUUGGUCCCAGCUGCUAACUUUCAUUAACACACUGUGUACUUUGAUUAGUUUCAUUAGCUGCUUUCCUACGUGUAAUUAAUUAUGGUUCAAGUUGAUUCUACUUAAUUCUUUGUAUAUAUAUUUCUCUGUGUGUGUUGCACACAGGGAAAGAAGAGCUGAACAAUUGCCAGGAGAGAUGUGAGGUCUUUUCUUGCGUCUCCCAGCCCUGAAAUGAAACCCCUCUUUUACCCACUCUCUUACAAAGGGUAUUAUUUUAUAUAUGUCGAAUGGAGUCUUGGGAUUUUAGGCAUGGCCUUGCAAGUGGUGGGAAAAUGUUCUUUCCAUUUAAUGAGGCUCUAGUUGACUUCAUCUGAUACUAGAGACAAACACUUUUUAGUUUAUUGUAGCCAAAUUAGCCUUAACAUCAUACAUGCAAUUUGCAAUGAAGAAAAAGUGGCAGUUACAAAGAGACAAUUUCAGAACUAUGGGAUUUUUAACUUUUUUUCCUUGCUAUGAUCCCAAACAGGAUGAAGGAUCAAAACCACUAAUUGCAUUACAAAGCAAUGUUCUCUAUAGGUGGCAAGUAAUGCUGUGCCCUUUCUUCCCUUUCUGACAGUCCUCCAUUUACAUCAUUUCAUCCAUUUCUCUUUCCUAACGUAGAUGUCCUGUUUCUUUUCCAAACCAAUAAAUAUUAUUUUUAUUAGUUUGGAAGUGCAGAUAUUCACACUCAGUUUUGCGACAUAACAGCUCUUUUGCUUUUAAAUCUGAAAAAUCUUGCAAUUCUAUUUUCAAAUAGCAGUAAAUUUAUUAUGAAACAUUUGAGGGGAGCAGGUAAUGAAGGAGUACAUUCACAUUGUCAUUCUUAGAAAGUGAAAUGUGAGGUAAUCUCAGUCAUCCUGUACCAUGUAUUCUGACUUUUUAUUGUCUUUUUAAUGUAUUGACUUUUAAUUUAGUAUGAUCCCUUUUCACUAUCCAUGCCAUCUCCUCCUAUGUGUGAUCAUUCUUCAACUGCAAUACUUUACUUUUAUUAUCCUCUGAGUGAAAUGCAAAUCCUGACAACAUUUCACAGUUUGGAAUUUAUCUUAAGCUGUAGAACUUUUCAAACUGUAUUGAAACAAAACAAGGUUUUCUCAGUUAACUGUCUUGGCCAAAGGAGAUACAUGCUAAUCAUAGAGAAAGAUUGGGCUAUGUAAUCUCCUUUAAUGGAGGCUUACAUCCAACUGGAGUUAAAGCAGAUCCAUUAAAAGAAAUGGGAUUUAAAUAAGUUAUAACUAAUACAUACUACUGAUUUUAAUGGCUCUCCAUGAAAUACCAACACACAAUGAAAUUCUGUUGUAAAACAGAAUAGAAUCAACAUAGCCUCAGUGUACAUUGAAACAGACAUUGAGUUGAACAAAAGACCUGAAUAUACUUUGCUAAUCAUAUUACUUUUGUGCUUCUCUUGUGAUUUCUGGGAGCCCUGGGGAAAGCUACAACAAAGGAUCAAAGCAUUGUUUUUUAAUGAUACUUUGGAGAAGAACAAAGACAGAGUAGGGUGGGAAAGUGGGGAGGAGAAUGCUAACAAAGGAAUGUGAUUUCAUAAAGAUUAUUUAAUAAGUUAUAAGGUCAGCAAAAAAGAGUUGGAAUAAAUUAAACUACAUGUUACUCUUAUCAGAGGGAGGAGAAAAAUAGAGGUUAAACUCUCACUACAUAUCGUCCUAAACUUUGAGAAUUACCAGGCUAUAAAACAGAAGCACUCGUUUGUUAUUUACUCAGUAUUCUGUUGUUAUUUAUCACUGGUCAGGGGAAAUCAAUAUCGAUUUUAACUUCAGGUGUUUGUACAUUGUUUCACAUUUCCAAGGGAUAUAUUGCUGUUUUUUUUUAAAAAAAA